AUGUCUGGAAAAUUAAAGCUCUAUCAGAUAUCGCGAUCACCAAUUAAGGCAUGCUGGUCGGCUUACAGCCUAUUGAGCAUCGUGCUGGCUAUUGAGCGAUGCUCGGAAUUUAUGGGACAAAAGAUGCGAAAUAACAUCUUCGCUGGGUGGCGCAUCUAUUUUUGGACCGGGAUUCCGAUACUUUACGGGUUUUCGUUGUACCUUUUCUUAAUCCCGAUGAUUUACAACGUGAGUAGCGCUGGCUAUUUCUUUGGCGCUGAUCCGCUGAAGGUUGAGACUCCGAUCAUCUUCCCGAUCAACAAUGUCCUCGUCUCUUCCAGUAUCUUGUGCCUAAACAUAUACAUGCUGCGCUCGAUGUUCACCGCCAGCUACAGGCAGAUGAACCGAUCGCAGAAAGUUGUCAUGCUUCAAUGCUUCUUGAUCAGUAUCUCGGUGGUGCUGACUGGCUGGCUGUACGUCGCUAUGCAGUUUUUCGACCUCCCGGAUUUUACGAUUAUCAUGGCGAAUAUAUUUUGGCAGACUUCGAACGGUAGCAUGGCCGUCUCCUAUCUGAUAAUCAAUAAAUCGAUGCGUCGCGAAGUGACAAAAAUACUCCUUUGCGCGUGCGGACCAUCCCUAGCGACCGUAGCGACGCGGAGUUCGGAUAAA